GAUGGUCUACUUAAUGCCGCAUACGAAUAGCCAGUCAUCCUUCGCUGUUUAUCGCUCUCCAAGGACAUCGAAGAAAUUGUUACACAAGUGGAUUCUCUACCCAGCAUGCAUCUCAAGCUAAGCUUCGUCAUGGCGGUGGUGGCCUGGGUCGCAGUAACAGAAGCGACAGUACAGGAUAAAGUGAACUUGCGAGUGUUCAACAAGGACUUCUCCAAGACCGAUGACGAGAUGAAAAGUCUUCUGAAACAGGCAGAUCUGGAAGGCAAUGGAUACAAGAAAGAGGUCACCACUCAAGUUGUGAAAAGACCAGGACAGAAGAAGCCAAAUUACCAGAAGCAGUACCUUUACUACAAGGACGUGACGUGUGGCCGGGUGAUGGAAGUGGAGAGGGAAAUGGACAUGUUAUUAAAAGGAGCACUUGGAGAUGCUUUGUUGUCAAAGGCGCAUCGUUUGAUGAAGGAAAAGGGCCUGGACAAAGAUCGGGAUUGCCGUGUCGGCGUCGAGGUUCACUUUAGGAAGGAACAGAUGUGUGGUAACAAGAAACGGCAGCGACGUAGUCCUGGAUGGUGUGGCUGGCGUUGUAAUAUUUGUUCCAGUACGGAGGUCAUUGAAAAUUAAGCCAUUGAUUCUCUGUGGCGUCAUAGUUAAUAGUCAUAUCAUGCGCUAUUGUUAAAUAAAGAAAAGGACGCCUAUGUUA